UGUUAAGUCUUUGGCUGCUGCUAGUAGUAGUGAUCUCUCCGGCUCGGGGGGCAGGGACUCUCAUCCAAGUCUGUGUUUCUCUCUGACUUGUCUGUGUGUUUGUGCGUCUGUCUGUCUGUUGAUCUGUCAGUGCCAAUCCCCGUGCCUGCCUGUAUAUACUCAGUCUCUUUCCAGCCCCAAGACCAACCUUGUUCCAUAAAAGUACUCGGGUGACAUUGGCGGCAGCUAGAACUCAGGCACCGGGUGCGCGCGGUGCGAGCCAGCUGCAGGAGGGUACCUAAGGCAGCUGAAAGGCUAAAGAGCCUUGAACUUUACUGGCUGGCCAUAGUAGUUGUCAUCUGGGAACCGGUGCGAGAGAGGGACCAGGUUUAUUUGAUGAGCAAGCGCAAGGUCUGUGGAUGAACUUGGCUCUUUGCUGAAACUGAAUUCUGGGAGAAUAAACUAAGAGAAAGGGCAAGGAAUCUGAGGUUUCAGGAUGACUUCCCCAGAGCUUCAGGUCAAUGAAUAGGUCAAUCAAGGAUCUACAAGAGAGCAAAGCAAUAGAGUCGGAGGAAGGGGGAAAGAGAAAAGAGGGUAGAGGGGGAGAGAGACAUUGACAGAAAGAGCCAGAGACAGAGUGACAGAGACAGAGGCACAGAGAAAUAAAGACACGCGGAGAGAGAAAUGGAGAGAGAACGAGGUAGAGAGAAAAAGAGAUACACAAAGAGAGACGGAUCUGGGGGUGGGGGGCGGCGGUGUGCAGAAGACCCGAAAUAAGCUCAAAGCAACGUUCCUUCCUUUCUCUCACACACGCAGCCCUGAGGCGCACACUCCCUACCACAUGCUUCCCUCUCACACAUCAGACAGACAAUACAAUAACCCUCCACGGAAGGGGGUAGGGGGAGCUGGGGGGAACAGAGAGGAAGGAGAAAAGACCGAGACAGGUGGAGAUAUUCCAGUUUCUUGCUCCAAAUGCAAAGGUUGAAAAGUGGGGGCUGGCUGGCGCACACCCAUUUGCUGUAAAACUCGCCCACACUUUCCUCCACCCACGAUUGUCUCAAAUACUUGAAGAAACUGCCAGUGGGCUGUUUUGCUUCAGAGCCCUCAACCUCCCAGGCCUGAGGCUUUUGCUAUGACCGAGGCCUCGGUCACAGAGCCAAGACGUGCCCCUGCUGCCAAAUCAACAUCAGGCUCCCUUCCUGCCCUCCCGGCCUUUGGCCUCGAGCGACCAUGGGCAGCGUCAGCAGCCUCAUCUCAGGCCACAGCUUCCAGGGCAAGCACUGCCGGGCCUCUCAGUACAAGCUUCGUAAGUCCUCCCAUCUGAAGAAGCUCAACAGGUAUUCAGAUGGGUUGCUGAGAUUUGGCUUCUCCCAGGACUCCGGGCAUGGCAAAUCAAGUUCUAAAUUAGGCAAGAGUGAGGAUUUCUUCUACAUCAAGGUCAGUCAGAAGGCCCGGGGCUCCCACCGAACAGACUACACUUCGUUGAACAGUGGGGAGAUGGGAGGCCAAACUGGGAUGGACUUUGGCACGCCCCCGAAGCUUAUGCCUUUCUCCAAUCAGCUGGAACUGGGCUCAGAAAAGAACAUUGCAAGACCGACAGCGUUCAAGCCCGUGUUGCCCCGGUCAGGGGCCAUUCUCCACUCCUCUCCCCCGGAAAAUGCCAGCCGCCAACUUCACCCGACUCCUGUGGACAAAGGCAAGGAGCAGGAGCUGAAACCGGCCCUGUGCUCAGGGGCUCUGUCCGACUCGGGCAGGAACUCUAUGUCCAGCCUCCCCACUCACAGCACCAGCAGCAGCUACCAGCUGGAUCCCUUGGUGACCCCCGUGGGUCCCAUCAAUCGCUUCGGGGGUUCCGCCCACAACAUCACCCAGGGGACCACGCUUCAGGACAGCAACAUGAUGAGCCUGAAGGCUCUGUCCUUUUCUGAUGGGGGCAACAAGAUUGGCAACCCGAGCAAGGCGGACAAGGCGGCCUGCAUCCGCUCGCCCCUCUCCACGGAUGAGUGUACCAUCCAGGAGCUGGAGCAGAAGCUGCUGGAGAGAGAGGGGGAACUGCAGAAGCUGCAGUGCAGCUUGGAGGAGAAGGAGCUGGCCUCCAGCCAGGCCUACGAGGAGAAGCAGCGGCGCUGCCAGGAGGAGCUGGACGGACUGAAGCAGAAGUGCAGCAGCAAGCUGAGGCAGGCCUCCCAGAAGAGCCAGCGCACGCAGCAGGCUCUGCAGCUCCAAGUGCUCCAGCUGCAGCAGGAGAAGAAGCAGCUGCGCGGAGAACUGGAAAAUCUCAUGAAGGAGCAAGACUUGCUGGAGACCAAGCUGAGGUCCUAUGAGAAGGAGAAGACCAACUUCGCGCCUGCCCUGGAGGAGACCCAGUGGGAGGUGUGCCAGAAGUCGGGUGAAAUCUCUCUCCUGAAGCAGCAGCUGAAGGAGUCCCAGACAGAGGUCAAUGCCAAGGCCAGCGAGAUCCUCAGCCUUAAGGCUCAACUGAAGGACACUCGGGGAAAGCUUGAAGGGAUGGAGCUGAAGACCCAAGACCUGGAAAGCGCCUUACGGACCAAGAGCCUCGAGCUGGAAGUGUGUGAGAAUGAACUGCAGCGGAAAAAGAACGAGGCGGAGCUGCUGCGGGAGAAAGUUAACCUGCUGGAGCAGGAGCUCCUGGAGCUGCGGACAGAGGCCGGUCUCCUCCGUCAGGAGCGCGGCCGUAGGGGAGACGCGGAGUGGGACGGCGCCUCGCCAGGGGCCGCCGGCUCCGAGGACAUCCCUGCCCUGCAGAGGGAGCUGGAAAGGCUUCGGGCCGAACUGAAGGAGCAACGACAGGGCCACGACCAGAUGUCCUCCGGCUUCCAGCACGAGCGGCUGGUGUGGCGGGAGGAAAAGGAGAAGGUGAUCCAUUAUCAGAAGCAGCUGCAGCAGAGCUACCUGGCCAUGUACCAACGCAACCAGAGGCUGGAGAAAGCCCUGCAGCAGUUGUCCAGGGGGGAGGGGAGUGCCGAGCCCUUGGAGAUUGACAUCCAGGGGGCUGAUGUCCCUUAUGAGGAUAUCAUUGCCACUGAGAUCUGAGGGCCCUGGGAGAGGCAGAAGAGCUGGACCCAUAACACAUCCCUUGCCAUUGCUCAACUGUGCUAUACUUGGGAGAAGCCCUCUCUUCUUCACUGUUGGCCAAGUAACUCAUCUCCCCAUCCUUCUCCCCCAGUCAUCAGAGGCAAAUGUAAUUUGCCCAUUCCUCCAAAAGAAAAGAGACAUGUGACUUGAUGCUCCACCCAACCCUCACUCAGGUGUCUGCAUCAAGGGAGUAGCCUUUCAGCCGGCCAUCAUACCCUCGAUUGCCCUCCCCAGGGUAUUACAGUCAUCUCAACCUCCCAACUCUAUCUUUUCGGAUACCCAAGAUUCUCCUCUUGCCCUGAGAUUUUUUUCUUUCUCAUGAAGACACUAAUUUGCCUUGGGAUGGAGAAAAGCCAUUACUUACCAAGAGCCUUGGAACCAGACCCUUGCUAGGGAGAAGUUCUUGAGGAAUCCUAAAUUGUUUCUCAUUUAUCAAGAAUAAGAAGUUCCCUCGGUAGUUCCAGAAUUCAUCAAAGUCCAGCAGACAUUCCUUUGCCCUUUCCUCCCCCCCCCCCAAAAAAAAGAAGAUUCAAUAGAAAGAAUGACUCCAAGGAUACCAGAGAUAAAGUUAGGAAAGAAGCUUGAGAGUUUAGGGAAACCUAAGAUGAAAUAAAAGAGGAAGGUGAAUCAAUCGUUGAUUGCAAUGAUAGGAAUAACCAAUAAAUGUCAACACUAAAGCUAGGGGCUCACUUAUGCCAACUCUAGCUCAAAUUCCAAGGAUGCUACCUGGCCAGAGAUCUGGUUGGUCUCUCUCCUAAGAUGGCUGCUAAAUUUUGAUUUUAGUGACCAGUUUCCCCAAAGCAUGAAAAUCAAGGGACUGAACUUCAGAGAGAAAAAACAAAUUCCAGGUUUUAGUGUCUUCCCAAAUAUUCUGAAGCAGCAUAUUGUACUUCUUUCCUACCAUCCCAAGGAGAGCUGUCAAUUUUUAUUUUUUCCAGGUAGAUCAGGGGAAUGGAUUCCCCUGCUGGUUCCAAGCUGAAAACCUGCUGCCUUUGACUAAUCUUCUAGCCUAAAUUGGAGGUAUUCCCUUAGUGUUCAGAAUCAUCAAUGGACAACAUAAUUGCUAGGGUUCUCUCCUUGGCUCCUUGUCCCCUGGCCUUAUUUAUUUUCCCACACCCAAUCUGGGCUAACUGUUGGGUAGUAUAUCAUCAGUGCCAAUUCCUUAACAAGUGUCAGUGCUAUGCCCAAAGUGCCAUUGGGCCAGUGAUGCUGGAGCUGAAGGCAGAAGACAAGCUCACACCCACCAUCCCCAAGUUCAUCAGAUAAUCUCACCAACAUUCCCCUCCUUCUCCAUCCACCUCACAGAAACAUGAAGACCAAAAAGCCAGUCCAGCAGCCAGAAUCCAAGAGACCUAGAAAUCAGAAGAAGUAGGCUCUGGUCCCAGCAGCACAAACUAGCAAAGUGACUGGAGAAAUUAUUCCCCUUCUUAUGAACUUCAAUUUCCUCUUCCAUAAAAUGAAAGGAGUGGAAAGGUGAUUGUGAAGUUCCUCUCCAGCUUUAAAAAUCUGAGCUGGUUCUCUCCCAUUGCCACUCCUUCAGUUUCUAGGACAUCGAAUUGCUUGGUUUGGAAGUUAUUAAAGGAUAUUUUCCCUCUCUCAGAAGCAAACAGCAGACCUAGUAGGCAGCCGGCUGUUCCCCAGUCUAUUUUUGCCUCUAGCUGCAGAUGCUGUACUUGUAACAGUCUUCUCCAAAUCUCAGAACUGUUUACCCAGCACUUCCCAGGGAGCGGUUUCCUAGGGAAGCAGUAGGGAGGUAGCAAUUGAGGUUCUGGGAAUGUUGAAGUGAGGCAGCCCUCCCCUCGUCUCCUCAACAUUGACCCAUUUCUUUCAUAGAAAUGCCACUUCCCUUUUCCCUAGUGAUAUUUACAGUUUUCUCCUUGCUUUUAGGGACUCCCUCAGUCCAAGGUUCAGGAUGAAAGAGUAAAAUCCUACUCUAUGGAGACAUGGUCUGUCCAUGGAGUCCCCAACAUUUCUCUGAGUCCCUAUUGUCGGGUAUCAUAAAGCAGGGAUAUGAGUGAAUAAUCUGUUAGGAGAGGAAAGAAUCACUUCCCAAGCCCAUACACAAUAUGGUCCCUUAACAUAGAAGAAUUUGCUCAGGAGCUCAGUUCUUGCUGAGCUUUACAGUCAUGGCUGGUUUGAAACUCAAUUUGUACCUGAAAUUCCUAGACCAAAUGUCCUUCCUUUGCCAUGAGGGCAGAACCCUGAGGGGUAGCCAAGUCCUAACCAGCAAGUAAAAGACCUCACCUUCCCAACCCCAAACCCUUUCAAGCCAGACUGUGCCUUGUAUGAUUCCAAAUCUUCCUCCCUCAAUCGUAUAGCAAAAACAAACAAACAAAAAAUUGGGUAAAGAGAGCCAAUUAUUUCCUUCUCAGAUCGAGGCCUACCCAAAAAUAGCCCCCCCCAAAACAAGGGUUCUUUGUGAAAGACCUCAUCCAAUCAAUCAAUAAGUAUUUAUUAGCAACUACUGUGUACCAGGCACUAUCCCAGGCCCUGAGGGUACAAAUCCUAAGAAGAGAGGUUUGCUCCAGCUUUGGGAAAUCUUUCUCUAACCCAAAGACCAAGAUGUUAACAAACCUUCAACAAAUAAGGGAGCUCCCCCGAUCUCCCAACAGCCAUAUUCCAGGCCAUAUCAGGGAUUUGGGCCUUUGAUUGGAGGGAGCUCCUGACUGGAGGGCCUUUGAAGCCUUUAGCAGUAACAUUUCUAGGUACAAAAAUGCCUUUCCCUGAGGGCACAGUCCAGUGCUUAGGUCUGGACCUUUUGUCAUGACAUGGGUGCUGCUGCUUUCUAUAACAUAGCUAGAUCAGAUGGACUUGUUUCCCUUUUCUUGACAUUGGAUGAGAAGUCCUUGUGGUCCUUAAACUGUGUCAACCUGGGCACCUCUAAAAUAGGGAGAACAGAUAAAGGUGGGCAAGCAUCCUGUCCUUUGGAAAGUUGAGGAUAAGUGGGUUCUGGUUCUGGUUCUGUUCUGGUUCCUUUUACAGUGUGAAACGUCCACCCCAUGGUCCUUCCCUUCGGCAACAUUAAAUACUCCUCCCCUGCUUGCUUGUUUUUGCCAAAACUUUCCCUAUGUACCCAAAGGAAUGAGGAUGGCCCAGAGAGUAAAUGCUUAUCUGCAGAGCCGUAGCCCAGAAAGCCAUCCUCUCACCAAGAAGGGUAUCUUGCCUGUAUGCUUUACAAGUUGACCUCUGUCUUCACUGCAAUGACUGGAUGCCUUUCCUGAAUGUCUUGCCCUCUCCCUUGUGACCUGCAACUAUGGGCACUUGGCUUCAAUAGGCCCCAAUCAUAUAGGUUAAACUGGAAAUGUGCCAUUUCAGGGGGCUGCAUCUGCUCUGCGAUUCGGGGGGUUAGGGACUAGAAGGCCCCAGCUGCAGAGGGGGAAGUAUCUAAAUGAAUUUCUAAGAUAAAUGCCCAGUAAUCCAGCAUUAUUCCCUCUUUAAAGUUCUCUCCAGAAACCUGGUGAGACAAGAAGAAGGAAGAAUUGGAACUGUCCCUAGAAGAGGCACCUGAGUGCAGAAUCUCCUGCCUGCCCAACAGCUGUAAUCUGAGCCAAUGCCCCAGAGCUGUAUGGGUAGUGCCUAUGGGGUACCCUGAAGCCUUUGCAUCUGUCCUGGCAGUGCUGGCUCCUGCCUGCUGCUGUCACUGCAGACUGUGCAGGGAACUGCCUCAGGAGGACAUUUCCUCUCUCCACGCCCCCACCUCCAGCUUUUGGAGGCCGGUGUUUUGUUGGACAUGUAAAUAGACUUUGUUCCCUUUGUCAUUUUUGAUUUUUUGGCAACUCUCUUUUAUUCAAUUUUUCAUGUUGUUUUCCAGUCAUGUAAAUUGUUCCUUGUAAUUUUAUGUUUUAAUUUAUAAAUAAAGAAUGCCAUUUCUCCCUCAA